UGGUUUUGGUUUUGGUUUUUUUACCCAUGUCCGUCGAUGACUGGCGUGUAAAGGGAACCCGGAGCGGGGCGGCGAGUAGCGCCCUGGGAAGAUGGAAGAGCGUGUUUGGAGACGCGUAAAGUUGCCUUUCAAGCUCGGACCUCUGGGGCAAGCGAUGCGCCGCGGCGGGCUGACUCCGGGCUGCCUGGGCCUCCCUGCCAGCCGCCUGGAAAUGAUGCAAGUCCAGUCGGUCACCUGGAUCCCUGCGGCCCAGCCCGGAAUCCGUGUGGAUUGGGGGAAGGGCGAGGAACCGGCACACUAGGUGUUGCACGGCCCACCAAAUCGGGAGGGAGAUGGGGCAGUUCCUCAGGCCAAGUCCUGUCUGAUGCUUCUCUCGUCUCAGUUUGAGAGGGUUUUGUUUUUGUUUUGUUUUGUUUUGUUUUUCCUAAAUGCAAAGCGUCACAAAGCCAGGAAUUCCCAUUUAUGCUCCGCUUGCCCCCAGCGUCGCGGUGCCCGGGAAACUCCCAAUCUGUCGAGGCUCGGGGCUUAGGAGCUCACUGAAUUCCAAGGGACAGAAAGAGGAAACUUUCCCAGCACGUUGCGGGUGUGAUGCGAGCCAAGGGCCCGGGGGCGGGGGGCUUGGGGGGAGCGCCGUCCCAGCGCGGACCGUGUCCUCCCGCCCUUCUCGAGCUGCAGUCCGAGCUGGCAUUCGCUUUUAUUUUUUAAAGUGCGUUCGGCCAUUGCCCUGGAAAACCCGCUCACACACACUCAUACACGCACGCAAACGCGCGGCCGCCGCCAGGUCGGCAACUUUGUGGGGCGCCCCCGCGGAGCUCCGCUUCCCCGCGUAGUAGUUGGGCGCAGGCCCCGCCUCCCAGCCGUGUUGUCAAACGGGCCGGGGUCUCGGAUUGGUCCAGCCGCUGGGACAACACCUGCUCGACUCCUUCAUUCAAGUGACACCAGAGCUUCCAGGGAUAUUUGAGGCACCAUCCCUGCCAUUGCCCGGCACUCGCGGCGCUGCUAACGGCCUGGUCACAUGCUCUCCAGAGAGCUACGGGAGGGCGCUGGGUAACCUCUAUCCGAGCUGCGGCCGCGAGGAGGAGGGAAACGGCGAGCGAGGAGGAAGAGUGGGAGGAGGAGGGGAAGCGGCCAAGGAGGAGGAAGAGGAGGAGGGGAACACAAAGAAUCCAGGUCUCCGGACGGGAGGUUUACACCAAGAACCAUGUGUGCUGAGCGGCUGGGCCAGUUCGUGACCCUGGCUUUGGUGUUGGCCACCUUCGACCUGGCGCGGGGGACCGACGCCACCAACCCGCCGGAGGGUCCCCAAGACAGGGGCUCCCAGCAGAAAGGCCGCCUGUCCCUGCAGAACACAGCGGAAAUCCAACACUGUUUGGUCAACGCUGGCGAUGUGGGGUGUGGUGUGUUUGAAUGUUUCGAGAACAACUCUUGUGAGAUUCGAGGCUUACAUGGGAUUUGCAUGACUUUUCUACACAACGCUGGAAAAUUUGAUGCCCAGGGCAAAUCAUUCAUCAAAGAUGCCUUGAAAUGUAAGGCCCACGCUCUGCGGCAUCGAUUUGGCUGCAUAAGCAGGAAGUGCCCAGCCAUUAAGGAAAUGGUGUUCCAGUUACAACGGGAAUGCUACCUCAAACACGAUCUGUGCUCUGCUGCCCAGGAGAACACCCGGGUCAUGGUAGAGAUGAUCCACUUCAAGGACUUACUGCUGCACGAACCCUACGUGGACCUGGUGAACCUGCUGUUGACCUGUGGGGAGGAGGUGAAGGAGGCCAUCACCCACAGCGUUCAGGCUCAGUGUGAGCAGAACUGGGGAAGCCUGUGCUCCAUCUUGAGCUUCUGCACCUCAGCCAUCCAGAGGCCCCCCACAGUACCCCCUGAGCGCCAACUCCAAGUGGACAGAGCCAAGCUCUCCAAGACCCACCAUGGGGAAGCGGGUCACCACGUCUCAGAGCCCAGUAGUUGGGAGACAGGCCGAGGCACCAAGGGCGAGGGAGGUAGCAAAAGCCACCUGAACGCACAUGCCCGGGGCAGAGCGGUCAGCCAAGGGGGCCAGGGAACUUCUGGAAGCAGCGAGUGGGAGGAGGAACCCUCCGAGUAUUCCGAUAUCCGGAGGUGAAACAAAAAGGCCUGGCCGGGAAAUCUUUCCUCCACGCCGUCCAUUUUCUUCUCUAUGGACAUUCCAAAACAUUUGCCAUUAAAGAGGGGGGAUGUCACACGCAGGAUUUGGUGGGGAUUGCGGACUGGAUGAAGGUGUGUGCUAGCAGAAUGAACAGGUGAGGCAGAGACGGCCAAGGCAGCGGGAGGUCUCAGCUGUUCCCGGCUGUUCCCCAGGGGGGUUCCACUCUUGCACAUCCUCAAGUGCAAUCGCCUUGCAACUCUGUCUUCUUUCCAACCGCAGAGCCACCGCGGCCUGCAGCGUGCUCUGCUGCGGGGGGAGGUGGGCCGGAGGCGAGGGGCAGGGGUCGGCAGGCGGGACCACGCCCGUGGUGCUGGGCCCCAGGCGGACUGUGGCUUCUGGUGCUGCCCUGGCAGAGGGAGGGUGGCGGGACUCGGGUGCAGGAGUGAACGUGAACACCGCGCUGGGAGACAGAAGGGUGGAGCGGAGACGGGGGCUGUGUGGGUGCUUGGUGCCAAACGAAAGUUCAGUUUCUUGCCUGGGACCUGGAGGUUUGGAGCUGCUUGAUGGGGAGGGCAAGGGUUCUAAGUGUAAUUUCUGAGCCAUUGUUCCAUCGGGGGAGGGGGUGGGACCAGUCCAAGGGAGUGGCCCCUGUGUGUCUGUAUAUUAACCACUGCUUUGAAUCUCUACUUCACUUUUUUAUUUAUCCAGUUACAUCUACAUAUAUACCUAUCGUCUAAAUAAAUGGCUUUCAAACAAA